UUCUAGCUGGAAGUGUGUUCUCCGAUGUCAGCCAUUUGCAGCCAUUGUGCUCGUAAGCAGCUCGCCAUUUUCGCGUAGCUGCAUUUUCGGACGCUUCCAAAUUGACCAAAUUAUGGAAUUAGUUAAUAUAAAAUCAAAAAUGUGCAUCAAGAGCAGGAUCAUUAGAAUGGUGGUGAGGUCAAACUCCUAGGUAGCAUCCUGGAGACAAUUUGGAUUGAUCAGCAGUUGCGUACAUCAGUUCUGAAUUUGACAUUGAUCUUUACUGACAUCCUAUUACUCUCACUCUUCUUUGGAACACUGUUGCACAUCGAGAAGGGACUUUCAUACUUGGAAUCUAAAUUGGAGAUUACCUGUGAGGACACAUUUAUCGAGUGCAUCAAAAAUAGAUACAAAAAUGGGAUCAUCAGGGCCUCAGGACAGAUCCCUGAGCAGUGGGAUUUCACUUCCUCAAUGGAUGAAAGGAAAAAUGGAUUCAAGAUUUGAUUUGGACGAAAGCACCUUCAGUCCACCAUCCCACGACGACAACUUCUUUUACAUUCGUUACUCAAAGCAGUCUGCCAGUCAGCAGCAACAGGAGCAACAGCAACAGCAGCAACAAGAACAAGAGGGCUUUCGCUCUAUCGGCCAGGUUCUUGUCGAGACUCCGCAUAAAAACGUGACGGCUUCCAAUCAAGUAACAUCCGAGCAGCAGACUGUAUCUACCUUUAAGGAAAUCAAGGAAAUUGACUUUAGCAAGCAUCCCUUGCCUUGUCAGCCAUUUGUCCCUGCGGCAAUUGCUAAAGCAAGGGAGACUAAGCCGACACAAAAAAACUUUGCUGGAAAGAGUAUUGUCAAGUCUCAAGGUACAGAUGAUGGUUUUCACGGUGAGCCAGCAUUGUGUGGUAAAUCCAUCGUCCAGGUAGCCAAUCAAAUGAUGUCGAGCAAGAUUAAUAAGACGCUGCCGGAGUCUCGACUCCAGGAAUCCGAGGAGGUGCCGAAGAAAGGUAGCCAAUCCUUACCAGUCACACCACUGGCAUCGCCCCUGAGUACACCAGACAGUUCGCCAAAGUCACGUCGCAAGGGAUACACCAACAGAUACUUCACUGGUGCCUUCAUCCCUGAUAAGGAGAAGUAUCACGGUGGCUGGAUCCUCGCAAGUCUUCUGGGUCAGUCUCGGGAGAUCGUCUCGUCGAAAAUUGAAGAGGAGGAUGAGCAAGCAAUAGAGGCUGUACCGCCCAAGAGCCUCAAUCGUAAGAAGUCCAUCUCCACGCAGAACCUUUCGUACUUGGGGAGCGAUGACAAGGCUAUCAAGAACGCCGUCUACACGAAUGUUUUACAAGCGAAGCCUUCUGAGCUGAGGGAGAUGAACUUCUGGUCGCCAACUUCGAUGUGAAGAGGAUGUUUUCUUUUGAAGCCGCCUUCGCGUGGCGGUGCGACAAGAUAUUUAGGUCAUGUUCAGCAAUGUCAAGAUAGAAGAGAUUUUUUGAUGAUUUUUUGUUGGAUUGUCAUUGGACAUAGCUGGUCUUUUGAAUUCCUUUAUCGAAAACAGUAUAUGCUUUUGACCAUAUUUUCUUACGACUCUUUGGACACAGGGUUAUAAUUACUCUCACAGAUAUUUUGUCGGGUGUCCAAUCUAAAUGGUUAUCUUGAAUGUUGAACAUUUUUGAAUUUAUUUCUCCUGAUAGCCUUCGAUGUCUGUCAACACUUUUAUUUCUUAUUAUCAUUCUCUGGAAAUACUAAACAAUUCCCAUAGACAACUAUGAGGAUAAGUUUUGAAGAGUGUGCUGUCGAUGUUCAGAAAAACUGUGGGACCAUAAAAAAAUGUUCGAACAAGUGACUACUCAGUAAUUAUGCAAUAUAAUUGACAACUCAUUUUGUACUUUCGCAGCUGAGAAAAUAUGUGUAACAGCUUUUGAGGGUACAUAAAAGUGAUUUGAAUCAUUGAUAUUAGAAAUUGUAUCAAAAGAUACAUGCGACAAGUAUGACACUUCAUCUCUUAAUCAUUCUGCAUCUUCUUUAGCCUGAAGUAAGCCUUUCAAGCCUCAAUUGGCUAUACGAGUACAGUAAUUACUCUGACGUGUCCCUAGUAUAUCAAAUACUUUCGGUACUAUUUGUAUUUUGGUACUUGUACUUGAUUCACUUUCCAUUGAGGAACGCAGCCACAGGCCUCUGUAUUGCAGACUUCAGUGAUAACUUAUUCUUUAACACAAUCGUGCAAAAUAGUUAAAUUCAAUGUUAGUUCGAUACCAGUUUCUUUAGUAUGUAAUAAAGUAGAAAGAAAAGAUCGAGAAAAAAGUACUUUUUCGGAACUGACGACGUGGACGAUAGGCGACUUUAAUGGAAAAUACUCCACUACAAUUUUCCUUUCGUCAGUAUCACAAUUAAUCUUUUUUUUUUGGUUCAUAAAACCAUUGCAACAGCUUCUGACCAUCUUUUUUUUCCUCUUACAUCCUUCGAAUUUCCGCGCGUCUCUGCCUUCGACUGAAUAUGCAAAAACAACCUUACGAAAACUUCAAUAAAAUCUCAGAACAAUAGAAAAAAAUAGCGAAAGCUUGGUGGAGAGCGAAACAUGUACCUGGUCCUUUCGAGCGAUGUACGCAAUUAGCAGUCUCCGUUGAUUCGAAUCAAUUAUUAGUCGAUCCUCUAAUUUAUCUAAUAUAUAUAUAUAAGCUAGCUUUUAAGUGGAACAGUAUCACGUUAAUCGUAUAAUAAUCCUUUCUUUUUUUCAUUAUUAUUUUAUCUGUCAUCUGUACUCUUGUUCAUUUUUCAUACCCAUCGCUCUUUUGUUCUCUAACGUUAUUAAAUCUGUGUAUCUCUACAAUUGUUAUUAGUAUCCAUUAAUUAUCCGUAUACGAUUAUCGAUUAUAAAGAUGACUAUUAUCACCAUUCAUCUUUGCCAUUAGUUCUACAUGUGACUGAGCAAAUAAAGAUACCUUAACCUACGUCGAGAAA